GUUGUUUCAUACUUGCAUUGGAGAAUACAGAUAACAAAAAGAAAAAAAGAAAAAGAAAAAUGGGUUUCACUGCGCAGCAAGAGGCUCUAGUGGGUAGCUCAUACGAAACAUUCAAGAAAAACCUUCCUACCAACAGUGUUUUGUUCUACACCGUUAUAUUGGAGAUAGCACCAACUGCAAAAGACAUGUUCUCCUUUCUAAAGGAGUCUGGGCCUAAGCAUAGUCCUCAGCUCCAGGCCCAUGCUGAAAAGGUUUUUGCACUGACUCGUGAUGCUGCCACUCAACUCGUAGCAAAAGGAGAAGUGACACUUGCAGAUGCCAGCUUAGGUGCUGUCCACGUUCAGAAAGCCGUUACUGAUCCUCAUUUCGUGGUGGUUAAAGAAGCCCUGCUUCAAACAGUAAAGGAAGCAGUUGGGGCGGACGAAUGGAGUGAUGACUUGAGCACCGCUUGGGAAGGAGCAUAUGAUGGACUAGCAACUGCAAUUAAGAAGGCAAUGGGUUAAAAUCGAAAUAUAUAGUCACAAUGGUUUAAAAUAUAGUCAUAAUGGCAUAAAAUAUUUAAAUAAUAAUAUUUGUACUCCAAUAAAACUUGUUAUAAAUAAAAUUCAAAUACUUAAUAUAUAUUUGUCAAUUCUGUCAA